ACGAGGCGUAAAACUGGCCGGAUCCUUUGAGACCAUGGCGCGCGUGCUGCUUGCUUUGCCGGUUGUCUUGGCCAUGGACUUUGGGGAAAUGGCGGACUCGUACUUCGGCUCAAUGAGUUCGCCGGCGGUGUCCGACAAGUGCAAGAAAUCCAAGACUUGUUGCCCUGGGUCGCAGUGCAUUCCGGGCAUGGAGCUGGUGAGCGGCUGCCAAGAGGAGCGCGGCGUGGUAAGCUGCGAGGCCGCCGAGGACAUGUCCAAUUGGCCGCUGAAAAACGGCAUCUGCCGCUGCGCGGCUGGUUAUUCCUGCGAGACGGGCAAGUGCCUGGAGGAUGGCGACAGCGACUCGCUGUCGGAGCUGCCACAGCUGAAACAGCGAAACCUGACAGAGGUGCGGUUGUACCGCAAGGCCGCUGCUGUGAACUGGGCCUCCAUCAUUUUAGGCCUGCUGUGCCUGCUGGCGCUGACGCAUCUGGCGCUGCGGUGCCGGCGCCGGUCGGAGGUGCCGGUGGAGGAGGAUGAGGACUACCAUGCCGAGCUGUCAGAGAAGAUCAAGGGCUUGCGUGCUCAAAUGGAGGCGGACUCGGAGCCAGCGUGCGACUUACUGAACUCGCACGCAGACCACUUCGCAUUCGCGAAUUCCGAGGGCGUGGAGUGAAUCGAGGCCCGCGCCGGAAGGGCGAAGAAAGAUGUGCGGGCACCUUUUCCGGCGGGCUUGUAGAUCAUCUUCAGACCUCGAGAACCCACGCCUGAACAUGCCCUUGACCUUUUAACGCGUUCCAGUCUUUAUGGGGGCGGAAUCAGAACGCUCCUGGCCGAGGGCAUGGUUAGCCCCGUAGGCGAAUGGCCAGCGACAUGCAGUGUGGAAGGUCGGGUAGGGAAGCUGUGAAUGUGGAG